UCACUCCUUGACCCUAGCACUGGCUCACAUCGAUGAAAACCUCAUAUCUAGCCACGUCGUACCCGCCGCUCCAACUCCGCCCGCCAUCCCCGCGCACGAAGCUCCGGCAAUUGACGUAGUGCUCCCACUGACGAUCGUCUACCACGUACCUUAUUUCCACCCUUAUCCCACGUGCCGACGUGAGUCGGUACCCAGUACAAUCCGAUCGAUCCGUUCGACACCCACCAUGGCCAUUCGAGAAAAGGCGAAAGCCUUGUUCAAGUCCAAAUCCAAAGGGGACGGCGGCUCGCAAAUCUCCAAAUCCUCGACCAAAGAGUCGGACACCGAGCGCUGGCCGAGCAAUGUCUACAAACCAGGCGAGACGAUGCCUCGUCCAAAGUACCGCGCACCACCAAAGAAGGAACACAAAGAAAGUCUAGAGGCAUUCAGCUUUGCCGAGGCAUGGAGAAGGAAGAGUUUCCAGAGCCAGUACAGUCCCAUGGGCACGAGAGCACCCAGCAGGAGGAACAGUUCAAGACAACCGAGCCGGCGCAGUAGCUGGUACAGCAUGGGCAAGAAGAGCUAUGGCGGCAAAAGUGAUGUCGUUCGAAACGGCAGUGUCACAAGUGGAGAAGCAGAGAAAGGCGGCACACGACAACGAGAGCACGUGAGCCAUGCCGCCAAAGCGACCACACUCAAAACAGAAAUGGAGCAAGAGGGCGACGACGACGUGGGCAAUGAACUCGCCGCCUCUCGCGUGGUUCUCACACUUUCGUUUACACCUUUCUCGCGACGGCUGUCCUGCCUACGCUCUCUACCUUUGCUUUCCUCCGAUACGAUGUUAUGGCGCUGGCUCUUCAUCGCAGGAGGUGCAACAGUCUCCGCUGUAUCCGACCCUAGCCUUCAUCACCACCUCGAACGUCAAUCGAGCAAUGCGUGUGCGCAACUUGAGGCAGCGGCUAUGAAAGCCGGCAAGAGUCAGGAAGUGCCGGCUGCCUUGGCCUACGAAUGCUUGAUGAGCGUGCCAAUGCACAAGGAAAUGGAUCUCUUCUUCAUCAAAACUCUGAUGCCAUACCUGGACUUUCAUGCGGACAUGCAGUGGUUGAAGUCUCCUCCCGAGGAAUACGCGCAGAAGGUCAAGGGACCGGUGGAUGUUGUCGGCUGCAUCAACUCGGUCAAAGAAGCCGUGGAAAGAGACGCAUACACUUCCGAAUACUUGUUCAGCCUGGACCUCGAAACGUGUUUUAUGAAUGCGCAAGACGAGCAUUUCGGAUACCUUUUCGACAUGGCGGGAGGCCUGCUCCAGUUUGGUCGGACCAAGUCUUUGGUCUCUGCUUCUCCAGACGGAAAAUCGCCUGUGGCACCGUACAUUUACUCCGACAUUGAUGCGGUCAUAAACCACAACCAGACGUUCAAACCAAGCCCUAUUGUCAAGAUCAACGACAAGGACGCAGCACAGUUCCUUGAGGACUACUCCCAUGGAGCUCCAUUCCAAGACCCUGACGCGGCCUGGAAUAUCUUGUUUGCGAAUCCGAAAGUUGACGGAGACUUCACGUUUGGUCUUCCGAAAGCUGCCUGGUAUCCCGGUCCGACCACGACGUAUGAAUUUGCUAAUGGCUCAAAAUAUGUUGAUCAAACGAAGGCGUACAUCACCCAGACCUUCAAGCCUAACGCUACCGUGCACACAGGGGAGGACUUCUGGCAGCAACAUAUUACAUGGCAAUACGGAAACUCGGAGACCUGCUAUGGUGCGAUUUCUGUCUAUGACUACGGGAACUGCUUGAGACCGACCGCGAACACGACCAAACCCCCAAGUACACCAGUCACAAGUGGCGGCGGUCCUGUGAAGCCUCCGGAUGGUUAUCCCAUGCCCGUCGUCUCUCUCAACAACUCGAACACUUGGGGUUUCUUCCCGGAAGGAGAGGCGACUCGGGACGUUGCCGUCCUCGUAAUUACCGAGAUGCACGAUGUCAACAACAACCACUUCGAUCAUGAUUCGCUUACGAGAUUUCUCAACGAGUUCUACCAGAAAGCUUCCGCAGCCAAACGGAACAAGCUGGUCAUUGAUCUAAGCUCGAAUGUCGGCGGCUACGACUUCGCCUCUCUGUUGACAUAUCUGUACGGCGGCGAGGAACCCAUCUACGGAGGAAACACCCAAGCGACCGAAGCGCGCAGUCUGAUCGCAGAAGAGUACGGCUAUUCAAUCGACAAUUCACCUCCUGGAAGCCUGCACUUCAUCAACCCACUCCUCGAAUACAACUACCAUCACAACCUCCAACUCAACGGACAAAACUUCACCUCGGCCAAGCAGAAAUUCAGCCCGGUCUCACGGGGUCCCAACGGCGCAUCCUUCACACCAUACUGGAGAACAUCUUACAAGCCCCUCGAACUCUCCAAAUCGCCCUUCACACCAGAAAACACCAUCAUCCUUACCGACGGUAUCGUCGGCUCCGCCGCCGCCGCUCUGGCCGAAGUCCUCAUCCUGCAAGCCAACGUCCGCACCGUCGCCAUUGGCGGCCGGCCCUCCAACAACCCCAUGCAAGCCGUCGGCGGAACCCGCAGCUAUGGCCUGAUGGCCUUCUCCAACGUCUUCACCGAGACGGGAGCCAUUUUCAUCGAGGGAAAGCUCCACACUCCGGAGUGGUACAAUAAGACCGUGCUCGCGCAGCUCAACAGCUUGCCGCUGAUAAGGAGCAAGGCUAAUGGACUUUGUCUACAGCUGUCGCAGGAUCCGAGGGAUCCGCAGGGGAUUCCGAUGCAGUAUCGGUAUCAACCGGCGGAUGUGAGGAUUCCGUUUACGUGGGAGAAUGUGUUGCAUUUUGAGGCGAGGUGGAGGGAUGCGGUUGUUAAGGCGUUUGGUGCUGGGGAGGGUUUAGAGGUUCAGAGGCCGGUGGCAUGA